AUGGCUCUUCAAAUCGGCGGUGACAUCAACGCUCAGGCUGGUCUGGCCAAACUGAACGAUUACCUCGCUUCUCGAAGCUACAUUGAAGGGUACACUGCAUCGCAGUCUGACGUGGUCGUCUUCAGUGCCCUCAAGUCGGCCCCGGCUGCCAGUCUGCCCCAUGCUCUCCGCUGGUACAACCAUCUGAAGAGCUUCGGCGAUGGCAAGUCCAAGCUGCCCGGUGUGAAGAAGGCCCUGUCCGACUUUGGUGUCACCGCUGGUGGCGCAGCUCCUGCUGCUGGCAAGGCUGCUGCUGCUGACGACGACGACGAUGACGUCGAUCUGUUCGGAUCGGACGAUGAGGUAGACGAGGCUGCGGAAAAGCUGAAGCAGGAACGCCUGGCUGCUUAUGCUGCCAAGAAAUCCAAGAAACCCGCACCAAUUGCCAAGUCCAACGUCAUCCUCGAUGUGAAGCCCUGGGACGAUGAGACCAACAUGGCAGAUCUGGAGAAGGCCGUUCGCACCAUCGAGAUGGACGGUCUGGUCUGGGGUGUGUCGAAGUUGGUUCCUCUUGCCUAUGGCAUCAAGAAGCUUCAGAUUGUUUGCGUUGUGGAGGACGCCAAGGUUUCCAUUGAGGAACUCUCCGAGAAGAUCGAGUCUUUCGAAGACUUUGUCCAGUCGGUGGACAUUGCCGCUUUCCAGAAGAUCUAA